GAUCAGUGACAGAAAUGGCUGCGGCUAAAGGUUUGUUUGCGAAAUGCCAACUUUUUAAGUGGAAUAUUCAGGCAAUCAGUGCAGGUAUUUUCCAAAAUGGCAUGGCAAUAUACCCUAGCUUUUACAUAGAUCCGAUAUUCAGAAAAGAAGUUCAACAGGAACUUGUCCAAUCUGGGGAAAUAGACCAAUACGCGCACUUACCAACAAAGCCUGCUGCUAAUAACCAAACAUGUUCAUUGACUUUUGAUCCUGAUAUUUCCCUCUUUACCAAUUACCUGAUGAGAGACGGCCGGAAAAACUUUGCUCGUCAAUUAGUUGAAAAAUCGUUGGAACAAGUUAAACGAAUUCAGCUGGAAAAGUUCCACAAAUGCACCUCAGAGGAGGAUAAGGCCAAGAUUGAGCUCGACCCCAAAGUAAUAUUUCACCGGGCUGUGACCAAUUCCAUGCCUCUUUUACAACUUAUGCCUGUUAAGAGAGGCGGAGUAAAAUAUCAGGUUCCUGUACCUGUUUCACAUCAUCGUUCGCGUUUUUUGGGAAUGAAGUGGCUGAUUGAAGCAUCCAGAGAAAAAGACAAGAAAACUGUGCGGUUUUGGACGCAAUUGGCCAGAGAACUGGUUGAUGCCUCAAACAAUUCUGGAAGAGUUAUACGAAGAAAACAAGAUUUGCACAGACAAUGUGAAGCAAAUAAGGCGUACGCUCACUAUAGGUGGAGUUAAUUAGAUUUAGUAUACUUGUCAUUAGUUUCUAAAUAAACAUACAUAUAAUUUCUA